AUGAGAGGACACAUCCGUCCAUCAGAUGAUGUCUCCGUGUUGCCGGCCCAGAAUGAUUCUGCGAAGGAAUCGGUUCAACCAGCAGGAUUCAGUGUGAGCGCGCCGCAGCAAUUACAUGGUCCUGAGCAUCAGGCAUCGCUGGGUUCAAAUGUAGCAUCAGAUGCGGGUCAAGCUCGAGUUUCCAACAUUGCUGCACCGCAGAGCGAGGCGGUCCCUCCUCCUGGUGUAUUGCCAUUAUCGUUUGGUUAUCUCACAAAGGCUUCUGUACACCACAGUCCAGAGCCAAAUGUGAAUAGCCACAUGACUGAGGACGAGCAGUCCUAUUAUGGAUGGAAUGCUUCAGCAUCCUCCACGACCGAUCUGACCUUCCAAGGCAAUAGCUCGCCCGGUGGACGUGGAGCAGCUGCCGUGCUGAAACAUUGGCUUCAGUCACCGAUCGAGGGUGGCAUUUCGCAAAGCACGCCCGAUACGCUCCACGAGAGAGGCCCUUUUGCCGCCAGCAGGAUCAGUGGUGGAAAUGCGAACUUAGCAUCCAAUAAUGUUAACAGAGGCCAUACACGUAUUCCCUCGGAACGCUUUGAGAAGGUUCAGCGUUGUUGGCUUGCACCGCCCAACCGCACUGGUCGCUUGAUGAAUCGCUUGUGGUAUGACGUUGUCAGUAGCGAGACAGAAAAUCUACUCUCAGAAAACUCCGAGUAUUUGGUAUCUGGGGCCAGUCUAUCCCAAGGGUCCCGCCGAGGCAUAGACGAGGCAUGCAGAGAUCGUCUCCGUUUCCUCUUCGACCAAGUCUUUGUCGGCUCCCAGACUCAGUCACAUUUCCAGACGAUAAAGUCAUCGCUAGCACCCGACUCCUCCUUUCCCACUCUCAACCAGUUCCCACAGGCAGACUUCCUCGACUUGGCGCUGGAUCUCUACUUUCGUACCUGUCAUCCAUUGCUGCCCUUUGUGCACCUUCCAACAUUUUCCGCCAAGAGCGCAAGAGCACCUCUGCUAUGGGUGAUGUGUCUGAUCGGCAUGAUGGUUAUGGGGAGCGAUGGAGCAGCUAGUUUUGUGUCGAGGAAUUUUCAAUUUACACUUGAAAAGAUAAUGAUAGACCUAGCGCAAUGCACUACGGGCACAGAAAAUCCAGCAGCUGCAAUCUCAACGUUUGCGACGGCAAUUUUAUUCCUGAAUCUCGCCGUGUUGACAGAGGAGAGGGCACACCUAGAGCAGUGUCAAAUACUUUAUGUCAACUUGAUGUCGAUUACCCAACGGCACGGCCUCUUUGCUGCCAUCGAGGGUCAACUCCUCGAGAAAAGUCUGUACGACAUGCUCCCGGAUCUCGACAUGCGAUGGAAAGCGUGGUCAAGGAUUGAGACCACGAAGCGAAUUAUCAUCGGAUUGAUCUUGGUAGAGUCCUGGCAUUCCGCGCUCUUGUCUACGAGUCCUGUGAUUGUGCCAGACUCCAUUCAGAUCCAUCUCCCCUGCGACGAGUCUCUCUACAUUGCUCCUACCUCACAAGAAUGGAAUCAACUCACCCAAGACGGCAAGCAUAGCAUGAUGCCGGCAAUGUUGGCACCGUCAGACAACAUCAAGGUCCCUAGCCUCGAAGGGCAUAUGCAUGAAUUCUGUAUUCAGACUGUCCUGGCCAUCGUCCAAAUACGACAAUCCGAAGCGUACCAUCGCUUACUUUCCAAUAGAGCCAGCGAUCCCUUGGCACCUUGCAAUACGUACGCGAUGGAUGGGCGUGCUCGAUGUCUUUCUUCCCUGCAAGCUCAAAUCGCCACCUGCUACGGUGAAGCGAUGGACCGGAUGAACCCCAAUACCAUCGUGAUGUGGCACCACAUGUGUAUGAUGCUCACUGCCGAUAUUCAAGUCUUUGAGUUUGCUGCUGGACGAGCUGGCCCCGGACCUGCUCGAGAAGCACUCGAUGAUAUCGCGAAAUGGUCACGUACGGCAGCAGCUCGACGCGCGUGUUUGCAUGCAGCGCAAAUUUACAAGGUCAUGCUGAAUCGCAAAGGAUCUGAACUUCCGAACUAUCACUCUGUCUUCUCGCUCUUUUUGGCCGGUCUCAUUUUAGGUCUUUACACAUUUAUGGUCCCCAUCGCCGAGGGUCAUUCAUCCAACGCCACUGCCAUCGAGCUCAUGAGCGAUAUUGAUUGGCAGAAAGUGGACAGAGAAGGAUUCACCAGCUUCUUAGACCCUCCUGGAAUUCAACCUGGCUCUCCGGCCCGGUGUUUAGUCGUUGACUUCAUCCGCAACGGGGGGACGAUGUACAUGCAUGGUGUGCCUAUUCGGGCAGGAUAUCAGCCUGCGCGGCAGAUAUUCCUUGAUUAUGCAAAUAUACUACGUCAGUCGGGCAAGUGGGGUGUCAAGAAGCUUUCAUACGUACUUCAGAUCAUGAGUGAUGUCUUGAUGGAUGCGGAGUGA